AUGCCCCUGCCCCUGCCCCACAAUGGGCAGGGCCCAACCCUGCCAGCCGCUGCCCACCGUGGCGGGCCAAGCUUGGGCUGGCCUUCUGCAGCCUCGGGCACAGGCCGGGCACCUCCCACUGAGCCGCCUUCUGCCAAGACCACACGCCCGAGGCGCGCACACUCCAUGCACGGGGGUCUCUGCCUUCCCUGCGGCCCCAACACGUGCGUCUGGGGCAGCGGCAGGACGCCUGCACCCUCGAGGAAUCCACUGGGGCAAAUGUCGCCCACGAUCAUCGUCCCUCUCCCCAGCUGCCUCCGCAGUCCUGCACACUUCUGGUUCCGGCUGCCCCACCGCUGGGAGCAGAUCACUCUGCAGCGAAGGGGAGGAAGGGUGCAGCAGCGGCCCUCUGCAGUCACCGCCGCCUCGCCCCUCCCUGGCCCUGCACGCAGCCCUGCGGCUCCAGAGGACAGAUGGGAUUGGGCGCCUCUCAUUGGACCGCAGCCUAACGGGGCCGCCUGGACGGUCAAUCAGCGUCCGACCCCGGGGCUCCCGGCCCAGGCGGCCCCUCCUGCGGCUGGAGCAAACAUCUUGCUCAUUUUCACAACGGCCGCUGUGCUUGAAGGUAACCGCGGAGGUCUGAUUAAUGUCAACUUGCACGAGAACAAAUUGCUCCAGCGCUGUCAUCAUGAACGCAGCUCCGCAGCCCGUUUUGAACCGCUUUUAUCACCAGUUGUCCCCGCACGCUCCUGCCUGCUCGCGUCUGUGUGGCCUGCCUCUCCCCCACCCCCAGGCAGGGAGACGGCCACGUGGCCCCGGAGGCCCGGCGGUGUCUGCCCGCCCACCUCCCUCGGCCUCCGCUGUGUUCUCCCGCGGACCCUGCGCCCAGGCCGCCACGGACGGGACGGGACGGGGCUCCCACCCGCCCCGAGCCGGGCCGUCCACUUCUCUGCCUCAGAGGAGCGGCUUCCAAGCAAGGGCGCUGGACACUGCCUGCCUGAGGCUUUCGGGAAGGAAAAGACAUUUGCGGCUUCUCUGGCUCGUUGCGGCGAAGCGGAUCACGGAACGUUAAUCUGGAGGAAACAGAGCGAGGCAGCCUGUGUCUGCCGUCCACUCACCCAGUACUUACUGGGCCCCACCACGCGCCCAGAGAGAAAGGGACGCCGCCUCUGCCCUGAUGAGGCUUGCCAGAGACGCCAGGAGAGAGCGAGCGAGAGAGCCCAGCAGUUCCGCUGGGCCCUGAACCCCUCUCUACCCGCAGGGCCUGCGGAGCACCCUGGGGCCCUCACCACCGCCGCCCUGGGUCAAGCCGGGGUUCAGGGGCACAGGCGUAGGUUAGGGCCAAUCCUGAGGGGCUCUGAGGGGAGCAGGUGGGGGAGCCUAAGUGAGGCCACGACUAGGGAGACCCCCCGGGUGAAGGUGGCUCCGAAGCUGAGCCGCAAGGCACACGCAAGGGUUCCAGGCACAAAAACACAAGACAAAACCAUGGCGUACGUUAGCAGGCCACGGAACAUGUUUCCACUUUUCAAAGUAGAGACAUAAAUAUUUUUAUUAUGAAAAUAUGUUUCUUAUUUUAAAAAUCUAAGCAAUACAGCAGAAGCAUAUCCAUCACACACGAAGUGAAACGCCUGUCCUCCCUCCAGCAAAACCCUCCCUGAUGCGUGCCUUCACCAGGAAGGACUGUGGAAGUUGCUGGGGACAGGUGUCUGCUGUACCCAGUCUACCGCCUUAAAAAAAGACGCGGGAAGAACACCUGAGACGUGCUCCAAAAUGCAGUGCGUGUUUACAAUUUAAAAUUGUAUUGCAGCAAAAAACACAUUGCCAGGAAUCCCCCUCAUCACCCUCCCCUUGUGUCACACGAACUCAUCCCAACGUUUGAGCCAGAAGUCGCGUAACGUCAGACGCGGUGGAAAGGAACCGAACUCACGACCUUGCACUUGCCAGGCAGGCG